ACGCGUUGGACUCUGUACGAAAAUUUCGGAACACUUUUCGGGAGUUCAAACCCGCACCCCACCUUCUGGUACGUCCAAAAGUAGACGGACAGAGAAGAGGGGACAAGCAGGAGGUGAUGAACGGUGACCCUCGCAGCGCUCAAAAGGACUUUAUAUGUUCUGCAACUGACGGGAAUUACCGGUCCCAAGGAGACCAACCAGUUCUUUGCAGGGUCAAGUUCUUCUCCUGUUCAAGUCUGGACUUGGUCUAAAGAAGCGGAUGAGUCAGCUGAUCGCCGACGACGAUGCCUCGGCUGAGCCUCCGCGGCGAGACUCGGGGCUGAGGACCUUUAAAGAGCGGUAGAUUUAGACGUGGACGUGGACACUAUUCGACGGAUGGACUUUAAGGAGAGUAUCACAUAUUGGACUCCGAUCUUGUUGGCAUUAAUAGGAACAUGGGAAAAAUAAGUGUAGUGUGAUAAACAGACAUUAGUUCAGCGAUCGAAGGAUCAUAAAUAUCCUGCAUGCGUUCUCUCCCGCUGUUUUUGUAUUGCUUGAUUCACUCGGCGGGCACAGCUCUCGACGUUGCACGUUGCCGUUGCUAGCCGUCUCUCCCGACGAUAAAGGAAACAAAAGCCUGCCAUCAUGAGCACCACAACUCCCCCACCAGUUUCUCCGCCCCCCUUUGCAUCCGCAGAGCUUCAAUCAAUUCAAGUCGCUGUCCGUGUAGCAUCAUGUCUGUCCAUCCUGGGUUCGUGCUCCAUUCUAGGCACCUACCUCCUUGCAUCCCGCUUCAAGAGUAUCACAAAUCGGCUGGUGUUCUACAUGUCGGUUGCGGAUCUCGUUGCCAGUAUAAUGCUAUCGCUGGGAAGCUUCCCUAUUGAACAUGGAUCGGAAGCAUUCUGUUCAGCGCAGGGAUUUAUCAUCCAGACAUACAUCCAGGCUUCCAUGGUGUGGACUCUAGUCAUGUCGAUGAGUAUUGUUUUUGCCGUGUGCAAGCACCGUCCCCUACGGGAUUUUAUGCGUUACGAAAAGUACUUUCACGCAGCUGCGUGGGGAUUACCGUUGAUUUCGUCAAUCGUGCUACAAUUGCUACGGGAAGAUGAUAAAGGACCAGUAUUUGCCCCGAGUGUGUUUUGGUGCUGGAUCGGUGGAAAGUAUACAUCGUAUAGAAUGAUUUUCUUUUAUGGUCCAUUGUGGACUGUAUUCAUUAUCAAUGUACUUGGGUAUAUGACGAUUGGAUGGAUUGUAUGGAGGGGUAACCGACGCCUAACAAGUUCGCUCGAAGUGCCGUUCAACAGGCGUGGCAUUUCGAUUCCCUCGCAGCGCACCUCUGCCGCGAUAAAGAGAUACAUCCUGAAAACGUCCUUCUACCUGUUAGCCUUUUUUAUCAACUGGCUUAUACCAACCGUAAACCGCAUUCAAAACAUGGCGGAUCCAACGUAUCCAAUCUAUGGGCUUUUCAUUCUCCAUGCGGUUUCCGCACCGCUGCAAGGCUUUCUGAACUCGGUUGUGUACUUUUGGGCAACACCUCGAUUCCUACGCUUCUGCAGGCGUUCUGGCCGCCUAAACAAACCGCGUCGCCAGGACCGUACUCCACGAAGCGUGAACGUCUUGACAAUGGCGACAGCUCUGACUGGACAAAUUUACGACCCCGCCCAGCCUGAUAAAGUAAAUCAUACCGAAGCUUGGGUUAAAUCCCUCCCUGUCGCAAAGACAUUGACACAGGAUAGUGAGAGUGCGAGCUCAACAGUUACCAUGAAAACAGACGACUCCUCUACAUCAAAACCAGGGAGCAAAAUGAAGCCCCGCGAUGAAAAGGUUCUGUUCAAGCAUGCUCCUGCAACGCCGCCAUUGCCAUCGGCGCUUAUGAACAAAUAUCGUCCACGAUCAACUGAGCGUUCCCCAUCGGUAAACCACAAUCAUGUCAGCCGGCGCGCUACGAUUGCGUUGGAGAGCGAGACUGCGGAUCGGCCGUCAUCGGAUUGGGCGGAGAUUGUCGAUGCCCUUUGUGAAGGGUUGGAAGGAACGCAUGAAGAAGAAUCCAUCCAUGAAGAGAUCAAAGUAUGACUAUGCUAAAGUAUUUGAAUUUCGUGUAGAUUAUUAUUGUUCCUUAGUCUAUAGCUACAUAUAAUUGUAAUGUCAGUGCGUUAUUGUAGGAUAGUUUGUUUGUAGUCGGACGUUGUUAUAUUGUUUAUCUUGCAAUACAAAUAGGGAUUCCCCGUGUGAUCUGAAAAACACA